CCUGAGUUGUUAUGCGAUGUCCGCAAGCCGGCGCCCACUGGCGUGCUGGAGCAACCUAAGGCUGUGAUGCGGAGCGGACGCCAUGCGGACGACCGUACUGUCUCCCUACUCGGCGCUGCGAGGCCGCGUCUGCAGUAGGCUGCACGCCAGGAGUGCCGCCAUCGCCAGCGCAGUCUACACGCUGAACAUCUCCAUCCUGGUGGUGCUGCUCUAUAGCUGGAGGAUCGGAGCGAACGCCAACCGACACGCCGCUCUUCAGGACGUCUACUACGGAGUGCAGAUCGCGUACCUGACCAUAAUAGGCACGCAGCUCUUCAUGAUCGCUCUCAGCAUACUGCUCCUCGCCGCCAUCUUCAAGGAGAACGCGGGCCUGGUGGUGCCGUGGAUCACCGGCUUCAUCACCUUCAUGGCGCUCGAGGCCAUGGCCAUGGUCUACUCGAACGUCCUCAGGGACCACGUGAACAAGCAGUUUGACGCCCUGUGUAAAAUGGAAGUCGCCUUUUUCACUUCGAGAGCCGCACUAAACUGCCUGGCGAUCUACGGCGUCAUCCGCUUCUACAACCUGCUGCGCGCCGGCGCCUCGUGGAAGUCACCGGAGUGCGUGGAGCUCUGAUACCAAGCGCCGCCCUGGGAGGACGACGACCGGCUGUUGGGCGACUCCGUCUGACCAGCGGCGGCGGUCCCAGGGGCGAGCUCCGGACACUCGCUGCAGCGCUGCGCUCUGGCGAGGCGCCAACCGGCUACCGGCAGUCGGCACCGCACCGCUCUCUCACGGGAGUGCUUAAUUCUGCGAGGCGCCCUGGAAGGACUCCAGAUUGUUGCCGAAUGAGUUCGGCACCCCAGGCGUCCUCGGGGAGACCUCAUCUGGGCCUUCUAUGCCGAGCAGCAUACUGCGUGUUGUGCUGGCUGGGUCCAUCACGUCGGUAGUGUCCAUCUGCGGCAGUAGGUGUGUGGCCCUCGGUGAACUGUCAGCUUCGUCACUCCUGCUGGCGAGGAGUAAUUUGUAUAUGAUACUGGCAGGGUCCACAGAGGUCACCGACAAAAUUUCUGAAUAUUUCCCACAUACCCUCAGAAACUGAACUGGGCAGAUGGCCUGACGUAUGUAGUGGCUGAUGCGGGCACAGCCACUCCUUAUAGACAAAUGUCACUCCUCACUGUACAUACGUGGAAUCCUGUGAGAAACUGUACUUUCUUUUUUUUUUAACUGGACUUUUCCUGUAAGGUGUGAAAUAAAGUGCGCUGUAUUCAGCAUGUAAUAUUGUUUUUCACGUAGCAAGCAGCACAUAUGAUUGGCAGCGGGACUCUCAUUCGUCAGGAGUCCGUCGUUUCACCUUCAUCUUUCAUUCUUUGUAGCCUGUUGUGAUUAACUGUGCUUCCCACCGCACUAUACCAUAUCACAAAACUUAACAUAAAAUGUAAAUUUGUUACAUAGUAGUGCUCUGUCCGAAGUCGUUGGCUGCAGAAUGCUUAUUCGU